AUGAUGGACAACAAGUAUUUUAUAAUAUUUCAAGUCUUUUUCACUUUUGGAACGUUGACUUCGUCUGAGUAUAUUCCAUUAUCUACCGCUUGUGACAGUCAAAUUUACUGUAACGGAACAUUACUGCAUUAUGUUCAAAUGCUUAAAGUAUUCCAUGAUUCUAAGACGUUUGUAGACAUGCAAAUGAAAUUCUCCUUUAAUGAUACCAUGAAAAACUUCGACCAGAAGAUGAAAGAUUGGAAAUAUACACCGACGAAAUAUCUUCUGGAGGAGUUCGUCAAUGAAUUUUUUGAUAAAGAAGAUUCAGAGUUGGAAGAAUGGACUCCCACUGACUGGAUCAAAAAUAAAGAAAUUGUUAAUAACAUUAAGGAUGAAAAAUUAAAAGAUUGGGCAAAAUAUAUAAAUAAUAUGUGGCCAAAUCUUGGUAGAAAGAUCAGAGAUGACGUACGCUUACGUCCAGAGUACUAUUCAAUAAUAUAUGUUCCGAACCCAUUCAUAAUACCAGGAGGAAGAUUCCGAGAAAUUUAUUAUUGGGAUUCGUACUGGAUAAUUAGAGGGUUAAUAAUAUGCGAUAUGCAUAUUACUGCUAAAGGUAUAAUAAGCAAUUAUAUAUCAAUGGUACAAACGUUUGGGCAUGUCCCAAACGGUGGAAGAAUUUAUUACAGUAAACGAUCACAACCACCGAUGCUUAUCCCUAUGGUAAAAAGUUAUUUAGAUGCAACUAAUGAUAUGAAAUUUGUAAUCGAAAAUAUUAAUGCAUUGGAAAUUGAAUUCAACUACUGGAUAACACAGCACAACGUAACGAUUGGUAAAAAUGGGAAAAAGUACACACUCGCAGUUUACAAGGAUCUUUCAACAGGACCGCGGCCAGAAUCAUACAGGGAAGACAUCAAUCAAUCAACACCCUUCUCAACUGUAAAUGAAAAGGAAAACUUUUACUCCGAGCUCAAGGCGGCGGCAGAAUCCGGGUGGGAUUUUUCAAGCCGCUGGUACAUCGUCAACGGAACGAAUGAAGGGAAACAGAUACAAGUUCGAGAUAUUGAGUCUUUCAAGGCUACACAACCAUUUCUUAUCUCCGACUUACAAAUUGCAGGAGGACUCUUAAAUACAAAAACGAGGUCAAUCAUCCCGGUUGAACUUAACGCAUUACUGUAUUGGAACGCAAAGAUAUUGAGUGAUUUUUACCGAGAGAUGAAUAACAGCGUCAAGGCAUUGAUAUAUGAAAGCAUUUCGUUAGAAUGGGAAGAAGCAGUAACAGCCGUUUUAUGGGACGAGGAAGUCGGAGCAUGGCUAGACUUCGACAUAAUUAAUAAUAUUAGACGUAACUAUUUUUACCCCACAAAUAUAUCACCGCUAUGGACUGGUUGUUAUGCAAAAAACAACACUGACUACCUUGUAACAAGAGUUUUAAACUAUUUAAACAAAUCAGAAAUACUGAAUACUGCUGGAGGAAUACCGACAACGCUUAGGGAAACCGAUCAACAGUGGGACCAGCCCAAUGCAUGGCCACCACUACAGUACAUUGUAGUUAUGGGUUUGGAAAAUACAGGACACAAAGGUGCAAAACAAAUGGCUUCUAAAAUAGCGUAUAAGUGGUUGUGCACGAACUACGUGCCAUACUAUAACUAUACAAAAAUGUAUGAAAAAUACCGUGUGAAUGCAGGAGGCGAAAUAGGAAAGAGUACAGGCGAGUACCCUAUCCAAGAUGGAUUUGGUUGGACAAAUGGAAUCAUUCUCGAAUUCCUCCAAUUAUAUAACUCUACAGCCUCAUCAGACGAUUGGAAUGUUACUGCACCACUGUGCUAUGAAGUAUUGCAGAAACUAAUAAUUGUAAAGGAAAGUAAAAAUACAAAUAAAAUAGAUAAUAAUUGAUGUAAAAACAAAUUAAUAAUAAUAAUAUAUAAUGUAAAAUGUAUAAUGCAUUUGAUUACCUUGACUCAAACUACAAUCGGAAGAAAACUAUAAAU